UUAACUCAAUUAUCUCUGUUAUACUGACUAUGCAAUUGACUAACCAGUCCCCUUGAUGACCAGGCGUUCAGCAGAGCUCACUGAAGCUGCUUUCAAAAAGAAUAGCUCUCUUCGUGAUUUCUGGAGCUUACCAUAUUAAGGACAACAAUCUCGAGCUAGGCUCAAUUCUGUUUCCAAACAAACUUUCCAUUAACAAAAACGCAUACCUGAAUUGCUUAGUAUCGUAGCAUUCACACUUUGUAGGGUAAAGGAGGAGGUUAUGCUUCUUUCUGUGGGACAGUCGUAGAUCCUCUUUUAAAUGGGCCAAAGGCAAACUUAUCCGCAUUUAAUUAUUGUCUUCAGAUGUUCUGUAAUGUCUGACCUUUUGCAUUUAAACGAAGAUCUGUUUAUACAUGCCUGAUGUUGUGCAAUAUCUACAUGCCUGUCUGUGAUCAUCUUCAGGACGUACAAUGGCCCCGGUUUUGAUUACAAAAUAUCCUAUGUGCUUCGCAUGUUGCAGAUUUCCAACACUGAAAGGCACUUUGGAUUUGCAGGAAACUUGUAUGAUGUAAUAAAUACAUGGCGAUUUUAAUUACUGUAUUACUGGAAAUGGCAAAAUAGCAACCGUUUACAGAAAUGUGUACACAUACUGAGAAAAAAAAGCAUACAGGAGAACAGGUUUCUAAAACAAGUUGUUAAAUGCCUUUUGUGUAGAGUUUAUAAUGUGUGGAGAUGCCCUUGGGGGAGGGUGUUGCAGAAUUGUUGCAGAAUAAAUUGCUGCUACUUUACAGAUUUUUUUUUUCCAAAUUAGAGUUAUAAUCUGCUUUUUUGCCUCUGCAUUGUUGCUAAGAGUACUGAGCAUAGUUGUACGAAAAAGUCUCGGCUCAGAUAUUUUGCUUUGGAAUUGCUUUGGAAUGAAAAAUGACAGAAGCUGUUCAGACGUAACAAAAUGUUUGAAAAGAAAGUUAACUAGUUCUUUUCACAGGCAAGCUAGUUCUUAACGUUGAAUGUGACUGUUGACACUUGAAAACCCCGAUAAUUUUUUUGCGUAAAACAGAAAAAACUGAAUUUAUGUCUGGUGGAUUUGACGUUUAGAAGAACAAGAAAAUAGAUACAUUAGAGAACAGUGCGAAGCUUAUUAGUAACAAUAGUGGAUUCCGCACAGCAUAUUUAUAACUAGUUGUUUUCCAUUUAUAAAAAGGGGAAACUUUCAUUUAUAAUGACUGCAACGUGUUAUAAAUAUGCUGUGUGGAAUGGGCUAAUGAUUAAGAAGUAAUUUUAUAAUGGUAACAAGUGGUGAACUUAUACUUAAUGCAGAUGAACUUUGGAGCCCUCUGUUUCCCCCUAUUAUCCUUUUUGUGUUUUUCUCCUUUUGUUUGUUUGACCUGUUUUUCUUUAAUGUUUUAAUAUUAAACAGUUCAUUGCAAAAAAGUUGAAUGUGACCAUGAUAUGACCAUAUGUAUGAAACCAAUACUCUCCUCUCCAAAAUGAAAUCAAAAUGAGAAACUUUUUAAACAAUACUUCCACUUAACAGAGACUUGAACCUAUUGAAAAACAUCUUAAGAACUAACACAACCACCAUAUUAACCUGCACUUACAUUCAUAGGAAGAGACUAUGUCCUUUUCCCUGAAUGGCUGGAGGAGCAGAAUUGUUGGUAGAAAUGAUAGCAGGAGAUCAGUUCAUUGUGCAGUGAACUCUACUGUUGUAAAACAAACAGAAGUGAAGAUUUUUUAAUAUUGUCCUGGAAAGAAUUUAACCAUAAUAGCUUCUGAUCUCCAGAGUCUUAUAUCUUGACCCCAAGGAUCAUACUGAAGUUCAUUUUAGCAAGAAUCGUUGAAGCACUUAUCAUUAAAGCAGAUAAGGUUGCAGAUUAAAAGCAAAGGAUGUUGAGUAUAUGUUUGGUAUUGUUGGUGUUCCCAUAAUCGAAGUAGCAGUUGCUGCUCAAGCAAGUGGAAUUAAAUAUGUUGGAAUGCGCAAUGAACAAGCUGCCUCCUAUGCUGCUUCUGCUGUUGGGUACCUGAAUGGCAGGCCUGGUGUAUGUCUUGUUGUUUCUGGCCCAGGUCUUGUAAAUGCUCUAGCUGGAAUGGCAAAUGCAAACAUGAAUUGCUGGCCUUUGGUUGUCAUUGGAGGUUCCUCUGACAGAAAUCAGGAAACAAUGGGAGCUUUCCAGGAAUUUCCGCAGGUUGAAACUUGUAGGUUAUACAGUAAAUUUUCUGCUAGACCAAGCAGCCUAGAAGCUAUUCCUGCUGUUAUCGAAAAGGCUGUCAGAAGUAGUAUCUACGGUCGUCCAGGUGCCUGCUAUGUUGACAUACCAGGAGAUUUUGUAAAUCUGCAGGUGAAGAAGAGCUCAGUCAAAUAUGUGGAAUGCUGUCCGCCGCCUCCCAUCAGCAUGGCUGAAGAGUCCGCUGUUUCCAGGGCAGCUUCAUUUAUUGCACAAGCCAAAAAACCACUUCUCAUUAUUGGGAAAGGUGCUGCUUAUGCACGUGCUGAAAACAGCAUUCGAAAGUUGGUGGACCAGUGUGGGCUUCCGUUUUUGCCUACACCAAUGGGGAAGGGAGUUGUUCCUGACAACCAUCCCUGCUGUGUAGCUGCUGCCAGAUCUAGAGCCUUGCAAUUUGCUGAUGUAAUAGUAUUGCUUGGUGCCAGGCUGAACUGGAUUCUGCAUUUUGGACUUCCACCAAGAUUUCAGCCAGAUGUGAAAAUUAUCCAGGUAGACCUUUGUGCAGAAGAGUUGGGAAAUAACGUGAGACCUGCAGCAGCCUUGUUGGGUGACAUAAAAGCAGUAACUGAGCAGCUUUUAGAACACCUGAACAGAAAGCUUUGGAAAUAUCCUUCUGGUACACAGUGGUGGACAGAACUACAUGCAAAAAUGAAAAGCAAUGAGGAGACAUCCAAGGCACUAUCCCUGCGAAAACAGCUGCCCAUGAAUUACUAUGCAGUUUUCCACCACAUCAGGGAACUUUUGCCGAAGGACUGCAUUUUGGUCAGCGAGGGGGCAAAUACGAUGGACAUUGGGCGCACGAUGCUUCCAAACUAUUAUCCUUGCCACAGACUUGAUGCUGGCACUUUUGGGACUAUGGGAGUUGGACUGGGUUUUGCCAUUGCAGCUUCCAUGGUUACUAAAGACCGUAAUCCUGAGCAGCGAGUAGUCUGUAUAGAAGGAGACAGUGCCUUUGGAUUCUCUGGAAUGGAGGUGGAGACUAUGUGCAGGUAUAACUUGCCAAUCAUUGUAAUCAUAGUCAACAACAAUGGAAUCUAUGGGGGCUUGGACGCACAUGCUUGGAAGGAGAUAAUGGAGCUUGGAGAACCUACCACAUGUGUCCCUCCAAUGUCUCUGCUGCCUAAUGCUCAUUAUGAGCAGAUAGCAUCUGCCUUUGGUGGUAAAGGGUACUUCGUCCAGACUCCAGAAGAACUUCAAGCAGCCCUGAAAAGAAGCCUGGCAGAAAAGCAUAUCCCUUCUGUCAUUAACAUAAUGAUCGACCCACGGUCAGACAGGAAGGAGCAAGAUUUUCACUGGCUGACACGAUCCAACCUGUAGCGGAAGAUGCAAGGUCUGAACAUCUAAGACAAAACAUCUGUGUAAACGAAGCAGAAUGGACUUUCAGACUUGAAACUACACUACAGCGGCGAUCUGCAAUGUUUUAUAUGGAUAGCAAGAUCCUUAUGCAAUUUCUAGUCUUCUGUGAUCAAAUAUUGAUAAUGCAGCUGUGCAUUUUGUCACACUCAGGGAUGACCAGACAAGGGGCAAAUGGUAUCCGGCUCCCUUCAUCAUUGCCACCAUUAUCCAUUCAUACAGUCACAGUAUCAUCCAUGGAGUUUUAUGACCUAGCUCUAAAGACUAAGGCUGGUAGUUGCCAUAAUGCUGGACUGUAUGUCUGUUCCUAGUAAGAGAAUCCUGCAUAGCACUGUGGUGACUACACAUGGCAGGGCCUUCAAACAGAGCUUUUGCUUGAGGCCAGUAAUGGCUUCUCCAUUUUUGCUGGCCUCACAAACCCAGUCCACCUUCCUCCACUCCUUCUCUACUUGGAUAUACAUCUAAAAUAAAGUGGGACUGGAGGGUAUUAGGUUGAUUUUAGCUGUGAUGUUCUAUUGGCCCUUCUACAUUGUUUUAAAGAAUCAACACUACCUCGUUGGUUGUAAAUAUAAUGUAUGGUCAGGUUUUGUUAGAUGCUCUGAUCAGGAAUGGCAGGAUAUUAAAUCCAAUAAAAUAAAUAAAAUAAAAAUGUCUUUGUGUGCUGGAGGGCAGUAUGGAGAUUAGCAAACACUCACAGUGCUGUGAUGGACACAAAGCAGUAUGUUGUUGCCAUAUAAAAAGGACCAAAAUGUGAACGUUAGGAAUAAAUAGUGUGAUUCUAAUACAACUUCAACUGAGCUAAAGAAAACCUGGCACUGUUUUUGUGACUUCCACUGCCUUUGAUACAUUAUAGAUGAAACCCAUGGAUAUUACAAGAUCAUAAUUCUGAGAGGGGUGGUUCCUUGCAGACCACAGUCUUAUCCAAAUAACAUUAUAUGGAGAAGCAGCCCUCACUGUGAAGGGAGGGUCCAGUUUUUUUGUGUAAUCUUAGUUGAAUUAUGCCUUUCAGAACACACAACUCUGGGGGCGGGAGUCUGGAGGGGAGAAUAAAGUUCUGGCUUGGCUUUAUUGCUCUUUGGAACAAAUUGGACUAGCACAGCUUUGGCUGGAUCAUGUACCAAAUAUAGGUUGUAGAUGUGAGAUAUGACUUCAGUUUGAGCAUUUUAUAAUUUUUUUCCUACUACAUUAUUUUUCUCAUCCUCUAUUGUUCUGGUAGUCCUGGUAAGUCAGUAAUGCAAUGCUUUCUUAUAAAUAUCUGCAUAAAUUUGCAAAUAAAUUCAGACAUUUUCAGAAUACUAAAACCUA